AUGGUUCACUACGUAUAUAAGUUUACAGGGAAAAAGAUCCGUUUAGUAGGAGGAGGGGGUGGCAGCAUAGGUCGUGUGGAGGUUUAUCAUAAUGGCCAGUGGGGGACAGUUUGUGACGAUAGUUUUGACAACACGGAUGCCCAAGUUGUAUGCCGUAUGCUGGGAUACAGCCCAUACAAUGCCAUAGCCUACUCGAGCGCCAGGUUUGGUCAAGGCCGUGGUCCGAUAUGGCUGGAUGACCUGCGCUGUAGAGGCUACGAGUCCAGUGUAUUUGAUUGCUCUCACCAAGGUCUGGGUAAACACAACUGUGGACAUAGUGAAGAUGCUGGGGUGUCAUGCUACAAUGAUACAGAUCUAUCGGUUACCACGGCGUAUUCAGAAGAAACCACGGCAGCAAACGAAAUAACAACUGAAAUGCCAGAAACAACUACACACGACCCCUGUUCCCAAAACCCCUGCCAGUAUGGUGGUACAUGUAUACGUACUAACAGUUACUAUUGGCCGUACACUGGCUACAGAUGUAACUGUCCUUACUACCGUACUGGGCAAAAGUGCGAGUACGGUGCUUAUGGAUACCAAGAAACCACGGCGGCAAACGAAAUCACAACUGAAAUGCCGGAAGCAACAACAUACGACCCCUGUUCCCGUAACCCCUGCCAAUAUGGCGGUACAUGUGUACGUACCAACCGUUACUAUUGGCCGUACACUGGCUACAGAUGUAACUGUCCUUACUACCGUACUGGGCAAAAGUGCGAGUACAGCGCUUACGGAUACCAAUGA